CAUACACAAGGAAACAGGAGUGAGUGUUUCUCUGUCACCACGGCUGGAGUAGAGCUAGAUGUGUCCGCAGAUUCAUCAUAGAAAUACUUUACAGAAUUGAGCUCUGCUAGCCGUCUUUGGUCAAGAUGGGCGAUCCCUGGGUUUAUUUUAGGAACUAAUGUGAUCAUGCAAUCCUGCUUUAACAAGGACUGAACAGAUCAAAGCCUUUGAACACACAGAGGACAAUGAGCUGAAUGUGUUGUGAUUCACGUCUGACGAGUCUUAUACAAAGACAAACUGACUGAUAGCUGAGUGACCCUCUCUUAUAAAAUGCCUGCUAACUUGAUCCAGGAGCGUUUGGAAGGGUGGAUCAAAUGGGGAAUCGACUGAUACAAAAGCUGUUUUUGGGGAUGUUUGUGAUUUGCAUGAUGGGUUUCUACUGUUUGAAGACAUCAACCCUCCUCGCUACACACAGUGUUUCUCUGGCUCCUUGUGCAUCAAAAGUGCGUAACAAUUCUCAGCGAACUCUCAAAGCAGAUGUGACUUGCAGUCCUAAAGUCAACCUGAUGUUCAUGAAGACCCACAAGACGGCGAGCAGCACUUUGAUGAACGUUCUCCUGCGCUUCGGAGAAAAGCACCAGCUGAGGUUUGCUCUCCCCGACGGCCGAAACGACUUCUUCUACCCGUCCAGCUUCUUCCGAACCCAAGUGAAGAGUUACCAGCCCGGUCUGUGCUAUAACAUCGUGUGCAACCACAUGCGAUUCAAUGCACCCGAAGUGGAGAAGCUGCUCCCGGAGGAUGCCUUCUUCUUCACCAUCCUACGAGAUCCCGCAGAGCUCUUUGAGUCUUCGUUUCACUACUACAAAGCCUACGUGCCUCAAACGUGGAGAAUCCCUGGAGGAAACCAGUUUGAGGAGUUCCUCGUUGAUCCAAACCGCUACUACAACCCACAGGGAAUCAACGCUUUCUACCUCAAGAAUCUUCAGUUUUUCGACUUCGGCUUCGAGAAUAACUUGGAAGCUGAUGACGUGAGAGUCCAAGAAAGCAUCGAGUACAUGGAAAAGCGCUUUCAGUUGGUUUUAAUCUCGGACCACUUUGAGGAGUCGCUCAUUCUGCUGAAAGACGCUCUGUGCUGGCAGAUGGACGACUUGCUGUUUUUUAAACUCAAUGUUAGAAAUGCCACUUCUGUGUCUCCCAUGAGCCCUGAACUGAGGACUCGAGCUCGGGAAUGGAAUGGUGCCGACUGGCGACUUUAUCAACAUUUUAACACCACUUUCUGGGCGCUCGUGGAGGCCUACGGCCGGAGCCGAAUGGAGGAGGAAGUUAAGGAGUUGCGUAGGAGAAACGCAGAGAUGGAGGCCAUCUGUAUUGAUGGCGGAGGAGCCGUGGAGGCGGCGGAAAUCACGGACAGACACAUGAAGCCCUGGCAGCCCAUCGGAAAAGCUUCCAUACUCGGAUACAACCUAAAGAGCGACAUCAAGCGACAGUAUGAGGAGCUCUGCAGGAAGAUGCUGACCCCUGAGAUCCAGUAUCUGACUGAUUUAGGAGUCAAUCUGUGGGUCACUAGGUUAUGGGGCUGGUUUAAGGAUAGUGUUGUUCAGUUUGGGUUGAGUUAGUGUAAUUGCUACAUUAACAACUUACAUUAAUACACUCUUUUUAUCACGUUUCCAGGGUUGCUAGAUCACCAACAGUGUAAAAAUAACCCAAUUCCAUGGUAAAACCAAAGACAUGGCAACCCUGCAUAUAUCAAGACUUCUGAAAAUGAGCGUUAACUGGGAAUUACAUGGUAAUUCAGUUUUCAUCUCCAAAAACCAUUUUACAGUUUUACCUUAAAUUUACAGUUAAAUACAGUGAUUUUAUUGGCUGAUAUAAUGGUAAUAUACCAAUCUACUGAAGCACUGAAAUCUGUUUUGAUUUUUUGUAAUGCACUGAUAACCACCAAAAGCAGGUGCUAAAGAAACAAAACCUAUCACAAGCAGCUUUUAAAUAUUAACAAAUAUUAGAGUAAUUCACACAACCACUAAACACAUUCACGGUAACACACGCGAAACUGAAAUAAUGUAAUAAACAUUCAUUUAACAACAUUAGAUGUAACAUAUAACCCUAAUGUACGCAACUGAUGAGAAAAAAAAAGGAUGUAACAUAGGUAUUUAUAUAUAAAAAUAAAAAAAUGUAUCGAAUUCGAAAUGUAAUGCAAGUUAUUCUGGGAGUGGCAAUUUACGGUUAUUCACUGUAAAUUAUACAUUAUUUUUCCACUUCCAAAAAUGGUAUACUACCGUAAAAUUACAUGUAAUGUCCAGUACAGUUUUUCUCCAUAUAUAGUAGGGGAAGUUACCGUUAAUCUUUCAACAGGUAGCAUUUUUACAGUCUUUUACCGUUAAAUUCCAACAAUUUUUUUUUACAGUGUAUAGUUACAUAAAUAAGAAUUUAAUUAAAUAGUAGAAAAAAAAAGUAAAAAUAGUAAAACAGUUUAAAUAAAUACUCUAAGUAAAUAAAUUCUAAAUAAAUAAAUACAUACACAUUAUAACAGUACUACAGUGCUAUAAUGAAUUAAAAAAAAAAACUUCACAGAGGCUAAAUAUUCUUGACAUUUAUAACAAUAGCUUUUGACAGUAUUAAUUGAAUAUUUACUUAAGAAACUAUACAGAUUUUUUUUUAAGUAUAUGGUCCAUAGUAUAUGGAAGGUUGAUUUGGGGGUCUAUAACAAUCUAAAAGAUUGUAAAACCCUGGAAUAAUUGAACCAAAUAGUGCCCUUGAACCCCUGAGCCUAAAUAAGCUUUAACUUAUUUAUUCAGCUUUCAAAUCUCUAUUUCAAAAAACUGACCCUUAUGACUGGUUUUGUGAUGCAGUGUUUAUUGUCCAGAGAUGGAAGAGAGACUAUACUGUAACUGCAAGGAGAGAGUAAAAGGGGUCAUCUGAUGCUUUUUUAAAGAUCAUUAUUUUGUGUAUUUGGUGUAACAGAAUAUGUUGACAUGUUUUAAUGUAAAAAAAGAAAGAAAGUGUACAUUAUUGUAGGUCCUCUAUGCCCCGCCUCUCUCAAACACAUCGUUUUCUACAAAGGCCGUCCUUCUGACAAGAGCAGUCUGCUCUGAUUGGCCAACUGACCCAGUGCAUUGUGAUUGGCCCAACACUGCAAUGUAACGCCCCUUUCCAUAAUUGUGAGUUUCAUCUUUCAAAGUUAAUGUAAAGAAAGUUAAAAAUGUCCUUAGUUUAACCAUCAGUUCAAGACUGAAAGUGGAACAGAGUCGUAUGACAGACAGUGAUGAAGUUCGUAUGUGUUUGCAGUACACAAGCCACGGAUGGUUAAGACACAUGACUCAACUGUGUGACCCUCACACACACACACACACACACACACACACACACACCCGUGACACGCAAAACUCAGCUUUGGAUCAUUCAAUAGCAAAUACUUCAACUACACUAGCUGAUUCAGAAGCACCAGAUUGUCGUAGCAAAGUCAGAAUGACCUCUUCUCCUAGGUUCACGAAAUUAUUGUUCAUAAAAUGCGUAGCUGUUCUGUUGUAAAUAAUCUUAAAGAUCCCUAAUUGCAUCUAUUUUCUGAAAAACAAAUAAAGUGCUUUUGUUUUCUCCUCGAUACACACACAUCUCCCAUGACCAUGACCAUGACUGCU